UUCUUUUUGGCUUUUGACCUAUUUUUGGAAGCUACUUAGUGCUACCAAGUACCAUCAUCCCAUUUAAUUACUCCAGUUUUUUUUUUGGCUUUUUCCACCAUCUGGCCAUCUGACAAAAUUAACAAAUUAGCUUCUGCUACUAGAAUAAUAAGGUAACGUAAAAAAAAAAAUAUCAUUUCCUCUUCAAUUCAAUUCCAGCAAAUAGGUCUAUUUUCUAACAGAUUUUAUCAUUUUCUCUCUUUCUUGAGCAUUUUUGGGUAUUGGGUUUCUCUCUCUAUUUCUUGUACUCCUCAAAUAUAUUAGCUGGCUUUGUCUUUGUGCCAUCAGCACUACUAUAUGCUUUUCUUCAACAAAUGAAAUAAGGUAUGAGCAAAAUACUGUCUUUUUAGUACCUAUGUUCAAGUGCCAAAAAAGAAAAAGAUGUCAUCAUCUUCAUCUGGAAAUAAAAUUAGCCCAUCUGUUCUUUUUAUAAUAGUAAUAUUAGCUAUCAUAUUCUUUAUUUCUGGUAUUUUACAUUUGUUAGUUAGGUAUUUAAUGAAACAUAGGUUCUCUUCAGAAUCUACUAGAGACCCUGAAAUGUCUGAUUCUGGUUCCUAUCAAAGGCAAUUACAACAGCUUUUUAAUCUACAUGAUUCAGGUUUAGAUCAGUCCUUUAUUGAUGCACUCCCUGUGUUUUUAUAUAAAGAUAUAAUGGGUUUAAAAGAACCAUUUGAUUGUGCUGUUUGUCUUUGUGAAUUCUCAGAACAAGAUAAGUUAAGGCUGCUCCCUUUAUGUGGUCAUGCUUUUCAUAUAAGUUGUAUAGAUACAUGGCUUUUGUCAAAUUCAAGUUGUCCACUUUGUAGAGGGAGCCUUUUUACACCUGGUUUUUGUAUUGAAAAUCCAAUCUUUUACUUUCUUGAUGAUACAACAAGAGAUGAAAAUGGAAGUGUUGUUGGUGUUGGUGUUUCUCCUGGUCCAAAAUUACAUGAGGAUAUUGAUAGUAGAAUUAAUUCAAGAAGGGUGUUUUCUGUUAGACUUGGAAAAUUCAAGAAUACAAAUAAUGGUAUUCUUGAAAUUGGGAAAAGGGAAAUGGGAGAGACUAGUAAUAGUAAUUUGGAUUCAAGAAGGUGUUUUUCAAUGGGAUCUUUUCAGUAUGUGGUGGCUGAUUCAGAAUUGCAAGUUGCAUUGUGUCCCAAUAGUGCUAAAAAUCAUGGUGUAGAUGGUGGUGGUCAUCAACUGAGGGGAAAUGUGAAAGGGAAAAGUGGACAAAAUGGAAAUUCUGCAAAUGAUGGGGACAAUAAUGGGAAAAGGUUAAAUCUUGGAAAUAGAGGGGAGAGUUUUUCUGUUUCCAAGAUCUGGCUUUGGUCCAAGAAGGAUAAAUUUCAUAAUUCAAGUUUGCCAUGGACUGAUCAUCAUAGAGCUCAACCUGUUUGAAGAUAGUAUAAGAGGGUAGCCGUCGACUAAGCUUCCGCAAUGCGCGGGUCAGGGAAAGGCCGGACUGCAUUGUGCCUGAUGUACGCCCAAAAUUCAUACAAGAGGCUCUUUCCGCAUCUUGAACCCGUGACCUCCUGGUCAACUUACGGCAACUUUUAGUGUGUCGCCAAGGCUCCCCUUCUAUUUGAAGAUAGUAUACAAUCUUUUUCUUUUUUCCUUUCUUCAAUUGCCUUGUAGUUUGGUUAAUUAAAAUUUAUUUGAUUAUUCAGUUGUCAUAAGUUCUUUUGCUUUUCUCUUUUUUCA